AUACCAAUAUGAGUUGCUUCAGUUUUUUGAAGGUCAUGAUGGUUUUAUUUAACCUGGCUAUUGCUCUUGGUGGAGCAGCGCUCCUGGGCAUUGGCAUCUGGGUCAGCGUUGACAGCAACUCUUUUAUCAACCUGUUUGGCCCGCUGUCGUCCAAUGUUUUACAAUUUGUGAAUGUGGGCUACCUCCUCAUCGCCAUUGGAGCCGUCCUGUUUUUUCUGGGUUUCCUAGGAUGCUGUGGAGCUCAGAAAGAGAGCAAAUGCCUUCUGAUCACGUUCUUCUCCAUUGUCCUGAUCAUCUUCAUCAUUGAAGUUGCUGCUGCAGUGGUGGCCCUGGUCUACACAUCUGUUGCAGAGACUAUAUUGGAAGGAACAGUAACAAAAGUACUGAAAAAUGACUAUGGGCAGAAUAAAGACGUGACAGCAGUCUGGAAUAAAACAAUGAGUGAACUGAAAUGCUGUGGCUUAAUGAACUACACAGAUUUCAAUGACUCCUACUACCUUAGCCAGCAUAGAGAAUAUCCACCGUUCUGCUGUGAAGGCAACACGACCUGCACUAUGCAAUUGGCUGAGAGGGACAAUAUAACAGGAUGCUUUCCUAAGUUGCUGUCUGAAAUACGUUCAAAUGCUGGUGUAGUGGGAGGAGUAGCAGCCGGAAUCUGUGUGCUGGAGAUUGCAGCAAUGACAGUAGCAAUGUACCUGUAUUGUCGCCUAGAUGAGAAAUGA